AUAAGGGAGAACAGAGGAUAUUUUUUAUUUAAGGAUAUAUCAUUAAAAUGCGGUUGUGUUGAUGUUUGACUUCGUUGACGAUCCGUACUUGACAAAAACCACUUCCGCCAGCGGCGUUCUGUUGUUGUCAUGGCGGCGAUUCAAAUUCUGGAUAAUCUUGAACUAAAAUUUAAAAACAUUACCAUAUGCUGUAUUUUUCUAAUAGCGACGUUCUGUGCAUAACUAAUAAUAUAAUUAUCAUGUAAAAUUAAAAAAGCGUUUAAAAGCGAAGUCUAAAUGGUCGCUUGGAUGAUGGGAUUAAUUUGAUGUUAGCAAAUCUCCAGUUAAAACCAUAGUUAGCGCGCUAAUGCUAACUCUACAUCAAGAGCUGUGUUAGUUUGACAUAAUUCGGCAGUUAUUUUUGUUUCGAUGACUACUCAGUUCUUGCAGAGUGGUCCCACGGUUUCUGUGGGACAGCAAGGACAAAUGAGAGACUGGGUCGUUUUAGGUACUACCCGAAACGUUCACCACCGCAGCGAUUUACCCACCGGGAUUUCCCAAACCAAGCUGUUGUUCAAUGAAGCCAUCCCUGCAAGUGCCAGCAACCGUGCCACCCGUACAUGCCCGCCAGCUCCCAUAGUGAUAGAGCGGCUGCUGUUGCAGUCAGGUGAGCAUGAGAGUGUGAACAGCGCCCAAAGCUCCAUCAGCUUCACCACUCUCUCUGAGGAGAGACUACAUGCUGCGGUUCAACUGGCCAAGCGAGAUAUGAGACGGAGACGCCUUGAGUCACAAGCAAAAUCCCCUUCUAAACCCUCUCAGGAGGCCUCCCACCUUGAAACAAAUGAUGUAGAGCUGCUUCAGGAGCUUGCAGCUACUCCAAAUAAGACAAAGUUAAAAGCCUCUACUCCAAAAGAGAAAACAAGCCGGCCUGGAACCAAACUGUCGGUGCUCACGUCCCAGAAGCAUCCCAUUUCUCCCAUGCCUCGGACUGGCCAGUCACCACCAACCAAAGACCCUGGCUCAAGGCAGUUGAAAGGAGGCUCACAGGCUCCUUUAAGCCAGGAGAUCCACAAACUGCAAAAUGAGCUGGAAGUGUAUAUUCAGAAAGUGGAAGAGUUAGCCAAUAGAGCAGGAGAGAAAACAGAAGAACCAUUGGAGCCUGAAGAGCAAAACAAGUUGGAAAUCCGCAGACAGAAGCAGGCAGCUCGCUCAGCACGAAUCAUCUACGUUCUCCAACAGCAGGUAAAAGAAAUACAAGAAGAUAUAGAGAAAUUACGAAGCCAGAAAAUGUGGGACACCAAGAAGUCCAUUGCAAUAAACAGGCUUGCAGCUGCUCACCGUGGGGCACUCAGGGCCUUACAGGUUGUUAUCCACCAGCUCUCAGAUCUGUCUCAUGGCAAGAUACCCCCUUACUACAAAGAGCUGGGCCAACUGAUUCGCCAGCUCUCUUUGUGCUCAGCCAAGGUCGAAGUAGAACAGGGUUCAGCUGUUCCUGAAACAGUUCUCUACAUACUGCAGAAACUAGAGACUUUGGAUUCUGCCCUGAAUAAACAAGAAAUGUUUGAGAAGUUGCAGGCCCGAGCAUGUCCUCCACACAGGAAGUCUCCUCAUCACAGCGUGUCGCCAGCUAGUGCACCCAAGGGACCAAGCACCUUGUCUGUACGACGACCUCACAAACCUGCAAAUCCCAAAAGAGGUGUCCAUGCAGGUCGGAGAAUGGCCUCACGGAAGCCCAAAACCAUUUCUCACCAGCCUUUGAACAGAGGAGAGGUGCUCAGAUCCGGCCUGGAGAGCCUUGUCCAACAGAGGGAGCUGCAGGGACGAUCUCAGCAGGCAGACGCCACUCACAGAAAGGGAGGAGCUCUACAAUCCGAGAGAGGCAAGCAUAAUCAAAUGCAAGAUGCAGGUUUUCAGCAGCCUACAGUCUCUUCUCAGCUCAGAGUAAACCAGCUCCCUCAAAAAAAAGAGCACUCUGUGCCCUGGAUACCUACAUCCCCUCACUCUCCUCCUCCACAGCGAUCCCCUCAGAGGAGAAGACCAGAGCCUCGUUGUCUCUUCUCUCCCAUGAAGCACUCGACCAGCCCUCCAAAGCAGAAGGUGGCCAUUGGUUUGGCAGUGGAGGAGCCAGCCUUGAGCUCAGAAAAGAAGAACCAAGCUCAGAAUGAAGCAUUAAGGAAAGCCUGGCUGGAUAAGAUGACGAUGCAAAGACUGAAAGAGCUCAACCAGCUGAGUAAAGAAGAGGCUCAUCGUAUUCAGGCUUUAAGCAGGUCUGAAGUUGUCUCGCCAACUCAGUGGGCUGAGAGAGCUGAGCAGAAGGCCAGAGAGAGAAUUCAGCCCCUUCUGGAUGAGGCACAGCAGAUUGCCGAGUCCAGGAACAGGAUCAACUCCUCACUGAGGAGUCGGCUGUCUGAACAGGCUGCAGAGAGGGCAGCAGAAAGUGCUGAGCAGCUGAGUGAGGCCCUGUUGGAAGACCUGCUGGAGGACUCCGCUCGGGCGGCAUGGGCAGUUCAGACAGACAGGCAGCUGGAGGGCAUGGCUGAGCGUAGGCUGCAGGCCCACACCCUGGAGAGUAUGCUGCUUCGUAUGGAGGAGAUACAGAAAGAUCAGGAGGAAGUGAGGAGACGAUUUGCUUCUAUCACUUAUUCAGACCCUCUUUACUGGGAUAAACCUGGAGCAGCAGGACCCCAGUGCCAUCCUCCGGGCUCCAGGCCAGCCUCUCCUCCGCCAAUUAGGCUCACAAGGCCAGUGCUGAGGCAGAGCUCUGCAGCUGAUAUUGUCCUAGAGAAACCCGUGGAAACUGGACACAGCAUCCUUUCCGAGAACAGCCUGACCGAGGAGGCAUCCCAAGAUGAACAGCAGCCCAGACGCAGCAUCGGGUUCCCGGGCCCAGUGGAGCGAAGCAGUGGGACUGUUAUCUCUGUGCCAGGCAGCAUGCUGAGAAACAUUCGGCGGUACCGGGAAGAUUACGAGGCCUACCUGCGUCUUGCGGCCCAUGAGGCUGUCGGCAGCUUCAACCCCUGGGCCGUCGCGGACAGCCUGGCAGAGGAGUUGCUGUCGGAGGCUCUGGCUGACGUGGCAGCAGAGUUUCAGGAUGUCGUGGAGGAAUACGCAGAGGCCGUCUUCACCUCAGAGUUUCUUCAGCCGAUCCAGUCGCCUCCUGCUUCGGCUGCGGCUUUGGUCAGCCAUUAGCAUUUUAUCAGCACCCUGGAUGUAGCGAUUUUUUUUCUUUUAACAAAUGACUGUCACAUUUAUUUAUUUUGGUGUGAAAUCUGAAUUUUUGGGAGAUUUAAAUAUCAGGACUCUGGCAUUAUUUUGUCGACCAAGGACUAUGAUUAUUAACUAUUUUGGAAUGAAACUUGUUGAUGUAUAUUUAAAAGGUGUUUUUAGAUCACUACUUUGAUGUGACAGCCCAUGACUUUAUAUAAAUGUGUUUGCAAAGCAGAUGAGAUUUUUGAAUUGCACAGGGAGCAUUAGUCACAUUACUUUUCAUGGUCCAUCUGUAUCUGUGAUUAAAUUCCUCUGGGAAAGUUAGUUUAGUUUAGAUAAGCUUGGAGAGACCAUUACGACAUUACAGGGGAUUAUAAGAUUACCACCCUCCCCUUGCACUUGGUUUAAAUCUCCCUGAGGAUUACUCACACUUUCUAUUUUCACAUUGGAAUAUGGAAAUAAAUUAAUUGCAUAUGGCCUCCAUCAAAUGAUGUAGGAAGCCAAGGGCAUCAUGAUCCAUCAUUUGAUCCAUUGUAACACGAUUUCCUCUUUCACGUCUAAAUAAAGGCUCCGAAGGC